AUUUACGCGAGUACCGAGUUAGGAUUAGGUGCAGUUUCGUGUUCAUACUACCAAACGAAGGAUCGAAUGACCGGAGAUUAUGGAAUUAUCAUUAGUUUUUUCACUUAGGCUAGAUGUGUUAAGGACUUAGUAACUUAUGGCUUGAAGUGUUGAUUUUUUGGCUCUUUUUUUCGGAUGGAAAACUCGAUAUUCAUUCUCUUCUGGACUUGGAAAAACUUCGACUGAAUUUGGAUAUUGUCAACUCCGGCUUUAGGGAUUUAGUGUGGAAAUGGCGUCUGCUAAAGUUUCCAAAGUGCGAAUGCGGAAUUCUUCCUCUAAAAAGGAUCUGACAGAAAGUGACGGGAAAUCUUCCCCUAAUAUAAAUAAUUUUGAACUCCUCAGCACAGUUGGUACGGGUACAUUUGGUCGGGUAGUUCUGUGUCGGAACAAAGAAACCAAGGACUACCAUGCGCUAAAGGUCCUACAAAUUGCUCUGGUGAUUCGCCUGAAGCAAAUCGAACAUGUCAAGAACGAGAAAGAGAUCCUGGCAGCAGUAUCCUGUCCUUUCAUUGUUAAUAUGCAAUGGGCGUAUCAUGAUGACAAAUUUUUAUACAUGUUAUUGGAAUAUGUACCUGGGGGAGAACUGUUCUCAUAUCUAAGAAAUCACGGCCGGUUUACAAAUAGCACAGCAAACUUUUAUUCUUGUGAAAUUGUGUCAGCUUUAGACUAUCUUCAUGGUAAACAUAUAGUGUAUAGGGACUUAAAACCAGAAAAUCUACUUCUGGAUCGCAAUGGACAUAUCAAAAUCACAGACUUUGGAUUUGCGAAGAAGCUGGAGGACAGGACGUGGACACUUUGUGGGACACCAGAGUACCUGGCCCCAGAAAUCAUCCAGAGCAAGGGUCACAACAAGGCCGUAGACUGGUGGUCGCUAGGCAUCCUCAUUUAUGAAAUGUUGGUGGGAUAUCCUCCCUGGUUUGAUGACAAUGCCUUUAGAAUUUAUGAAAAAAUCAUUGAAGGUCGUUUAGAGUGGCCAAAGCAUAUAGAUCCAGUGGCAAAGGAUCUGAUAAAGAAGUUACUGGUACAGGAUAGAACAAGAAGAUUGGGAAAUAUGAAGAACGGUUCAGAGGACGUGAAGAAGCACAAGUGGUUUAAAGGCGUCAUCUGGGAGGAUGUUCCCUUACUCAAACUGAAUCCCCCCAUCAUUCCCAAGGUCAGUCACUCGGGGGAUACCCACAAUUUUGAAGAGUACCCUGAGGACGGUUGGAAAGAUGCACCCCCAGUCUCUGCAGCUGACCUCGAAAACUUUGCCGAUUUCUGAUCCAGGCUUAAGCAUCAUUUUUCUUUUCAUGCACUCAAAGGAUGAACUCUUUCUAUAGAAAAAAACAUUUUUGAAGUAUGCUGGAUAGCUACCUGGGAAAAGUAUCGGCGAUCGAGAAAUCCAUGUCGAGCCUUUUUGUCAAUGGGAAGGAAGAACUGGUACAUUGGUACAAUGAUUGAAAUAAUCAAAAAACUUGUUUUCUGGAAGAUUCAGGAAGUCACUUAUUGUAAACAAAAAAUAACAGGGCUGAUUAGGCAAUGAUUGUUUUUGUUAAAACAUAUGUUUUUAGAUUUUGUAGUUUAAAUUGUAAUGCAGUUUGAGAUUAAAAAUAUCUGGAGACACAGGGUGAAAAUCCAAAAAAAAAAGAUUUUUUUGAAAAUAUUUUUAAGAUAUGUUGAAGUGUUGUUAUGCGUAUAGAGUGUGUUGUUUUGUUGAAGUAGCAACUUAUUUAUAUUUAUAAACGAUACAUUUCAGCAUGCUAGACUUUUCCUGCGUACUAAUAUUGUUCCAAAAGGAACUUGUCUGGCAUAUAAAGUAAAGAAGAAUGUUUCCUUGUAAUGUUCAUCAAUGUAUUAUUUUUUCCUGAAAUCAUAUACGUAGAAUUGACAAGGAUUUUUAAUUAAUGGUUAAUUUUGUAAACACAGCUUUAUUGAAUGUUUUUUUUAUUUUUCUCUGUAUUGUUUGCUUGAAUGUGCCAAAUUAUGUUUAUAGGUGAUAUAGAAGAAAUCCAUCAUUUGUACUGUUUUACAAUAUACACUCUCUCUGAUCUGGUAAAUCUAGCACUUUUAAGUCCACUGAAGUUUUAUAUAAAUGUGCUAUGAAACAAAAAGUCCUGGGUUUUGAAAAACAAAAUUGUCUGCAUAUCUCUUUUAUGUUGCUACUCUAAAGCUUUUCAUUUGCUUUACAAAUAAUGAUAAUACUAAAGAUACAAAAACUUAUUAUUUUUUUCUUUUUUUAUAAACUUGUGUGACUUAUCCAUAUUACAUAUCCUUUAUGAUCCUGCAAUUUGUUUAUCAACAUGACAUUUCAUAUUGUUAUUGUAACAUAACUUAUACAUAUCCUAAUUGAAAUUAUUAAAAAAAACCCCACAAAAUAUUAUCUGCAAUAGAACUUGCUCAUAAAAAGAACUCAAGAUUAAAAGAAAGUAGUGUACCUUUUCCUUAUCCACGUUUCUUUAGGUUGACAUUUUAUAAUGAAAAUAGGAGGAAAUUGGUCAAGAAGAACUAAAAAUUCAUGUUUCUAGGGCUUGUUAUAACAUGUAUUCGUUGUGUGAAAAGUUUGGUCUUUUGGCCUUUGAAUCCUUCAUGAUGUGUUAAAUGAAUGAAUAGUGACACAACUAAUUUCAAUGUUAUCCGAUAUACUGGUAUAUUUUCUGAUGCAUCAUUUAAUUAGCAUAAUAUCUUGAUAUUUUAUUCAUUAUAUUUUUACCUAGCUUUUGUGUUUGAGGUACAAACAUAUUUUAUUUUGUUUAUUUUCAUAUCAAUCAAAAUGAGAAAUCUUUAUUUAUUUUACAUUUUACAAAAUGUGUAACCAACUUUUACCUAUAAAUAUUGUAACGAUUUUAUGAAUUUUAUGAACGAAUUUAAUGUAUUUCUUUUCAACCAAUAAAUUUAAAAUAAAUUUAGAAGUUUUAAUGCGUGAAUAUAUUCUUAUUGCUUUGUAAAUGUACUGUUUUAAGUUAGUAAAUAUCAAGGUUCUCGGCAUUGUUCAAGCAUGAUUGUUUUACUAGUGUACAACAUAAAUGUAGGUCAAAUUCUAAAAGAAUGAUAUUGCAUCAAUACCGAAAACAUUGUGAUAGUAAUACAAUCUGUCUCCAAAAAUGAUGUAUUUUAAAUAGCUUAUGAUACCUGAACAUUAAUUGGUAUAUUUUAGUAGAUAUUGAGUGUUACAUAGGAAUUUAUGGAAAAAAAGGUCCGAAUGAGACUAACUCAGUACUGUGUAGUAUAUUGUACUCUGACAGUCACAUGACAUGAAAGUCACAUGACAGGUCAGGCAUCUUUACUGUACAGUAUUGUACAUGUGUGGUGUGGUCUGUAGCUGUAAAAACUACCGUAUCCAUGACAGUCACGUGUUUAACCAUUUCUCUUGUUAAGCAUUGCAUCGUAGAAAAUGGACGUUGUAAAUUUGCUCGUAGUACUCAAUUUCUGGUACUCUUUAUGUACUUUUUUUAGAAUUCAGAUCUGGUAAUUGUUGAUUUUUUUAAUCACAUAGAGAAACCUUUUCUUGACAUCAUAGAGAUUACACAAGUAAGAUAUUUGUCAAGGGAGGUAACUCUUUUGCAUUUCAUGUCUUUUUUUCUGUUGUUUUUUCACUGUCACAUUCUUUGUAUGGAUACGAUAUUGCUCAGCAUGGCACAUAUGCAAAAAUAUACACACAAAACGAAAAUGUAUUGACAUUCCUUUGUAUCACCGUCUUUGUCAAUAUUUGUUCUGCUAUUUUAAAAAUUUACCCAAGCAAAAUUCUCUUUAUAUAAAUAUUUGCUCUGCAUGUGUUUGGAAUUUAUCAGUCCUUGACCAUUUAUUUUUUGUAUCUUCAAGAUCUGGCCAUAUAUAAUAAUUUUUAGUUUUGCAAUAAGAACAGCAAUAUUAUGAACUUUAUUUUCAUAGACCUUAUAGAUGAUACUUGAAUUAUACAAUGCAGCUCUCUGAUACCACGUUUUUUUCAAUUUGAGCUGAUUUAUUUAGAUAUAUAUAUAUUUUGUAAAAUAUCAUGAGUAUUUAUUUAUUGCAGUGCCUUUCCUGUCAUUGUUAAAUGAGCUGUAUUUUGGUAGCAGAUCGCCAGAAAAGGAUUGUUUUAAAGUGACAUUAUGUAUAAUUCUCAUAUAUCAAUUUUUACUAACUUUUUCAUGCAAUUUUUAUGAAAUGUGAAAUAUUGCCUGACUAAAUACCUGUAUGACACAUAGACAAAAAAAGAUUACCACAUUUUCUUGGAUACAUCCUUCAAAAUGAGACUGUUGUGUCUGUUAAUAAUUUUUUAGAAGAAUUUCAGAUGAGCAAUUAAAGGAUUGGUUCAAAAUUGCUAAUCUGACUCUACGCAGUGACAUUUUAUUUAACUGGUAGUGCAAGACUAAUUUUCUUUGUGUAAGCAGUAUUUGCAGGCAUUGUUAAAGAAAACAAGUUUUCAUAAAUAGUUUGACUCUCUGUUAUUCGUUUAUUUCUUAUAUGAAGCAAAAUGUAAAGGCUUUAAUUUUCGAAUGAUGUUUUUGUUUGAAAUGUUUUUUAAUUUAAAGAACCUUUAAGUGUAUUUCCCUGAGAUGUAUUAUUUUUCCCUGUAUUUUAUCAAAAUUUUUAUUGGAAAUCAAAUGAAAAAUACUCAAAUGGAUACAAUAUGACCUUAAUAACUUUGACUAUGAUUUUAUCUAUGCUCUUGCGUUUUUCUGAAGCAACUUAUAUUCUACUGAAAAUUUUGUACUCAAAAUUAAACUUGAUCUUUUCUACAUUUAUUGAGAUUGUAAUUCUGGUCAAUACAGACUAUUUUACACCGUAAGAAAAUUAUGAAUAUAUGAUGUAUUGGAUUUCAUUAUCAUCAUUUUAUCAUUUGCAGGCAUAUUUCUUGAAUAACCGAAAUUUUUUUUGAUAAAAUGUUUCUAUUUAUGGAUGUGAUAUGAGUAUAUUGUUUUAUCAGUGAAUUAAAUUUAUGGAAAGAAUGCAUAUUAAUUUUGAUUUAAGAAUGAGUAUUGUUUCAAAUAUCUCUGAAAGAUGUAAAACAUAUCCGUUUAAGAUUUAUUAUGUAAAAGAUUCACCAAAGCAUCUCAAGAUUUGAGACGAUUUUUUCCUGUUGUUGACAUAAAUGUAUAGUUUACCAUGACAAUCAGGUCAUCUGAUGUAUUGAUUUUGUGAAUCGUUUUUUUAUUAGAAGAAAUUAAGACUGAAGGAAAUUGAAUAAAGAAUUUGAAGAUCAA